AUGAGUUUGAAAACCUUUAAAACCUCGGUUUUGAUCGUCGGCUCGGGCCCGGUUGGAAUCACACUUAAUCUUCUUUUGUCGCGCAUGAGGAUUCCUUCCAUUUUGGUAGACAAACAUCCUGUUCCGAGGAAGCAUCCCAGGGCCCAUUACUUGAGCAACCGGUCCAUGGAAAUUUGGAGACACCUUGGCCAUUUUGACAAGGCUUUGGAAUCAGCUGCUGAGCCUUUGGAAUACUGGAGGUAUUUUAAAUACUGCAGGCACAUAAUUGACCCGCACGCAAACCUGUACGCCGUAAAGGACCAUUUCGGAGACCAUUACAGAUACAAUGGGACCUAUUUUGAGGAGCUGAGUCCGAGUAAAAUUUGUAAUUUCCCUCAACACAAACUGCUGUUCUUUUUUAAAUCGUUGGCACUGGACAGGUCGCAGCUGUAUAAGAAGGAUAGGGACGGGUUCACAAAGUGGUUGGAAAAUGAAUACAAGUUGGUGUUGGAAAAAUCAAGGAUCGACGCGGAAAAAACGCAAAGGUUGCUGGGUCUGGAAAGGCCACUGGUCCUGCCUGACGUUUCAGACUCUGCUCCCGAGCAGAUUAGAACAAAUGUCCCUUUCAUCGACGGGGCCUUUAAGUUUGAACGCUUUGUAUCAAAGGAAAAGGGGAUACUGUCUCGUGUUAGGGACGUGAGAACGGGAAGCGAGUUCAACGUGGAGAGCCUAUUUGUGGUUGGAGCCGACGGAAUACACUCCUCAGUGGCGAGAGCACUCUUCGGAGAGAGAAAGCUGAAUGAAAACGUCAAGGACACUUCGAAUUUGAAGGAAGUGAUGAGUGUGCACUUUGAAUCGAGGCAGCUGGGAGAGUACGUAUCGUCGAAUCCAGCAAUGAUGUACUUCAUUUUCUCAGAGUGUGUUUGCGUGAUGGUGUGCCAGGGAGGAGAUCCGCCGGAAUUCGUGGUACAGAUACCCUUCUUCCCAGAAUUUGAGUCCACGUCGCUCUAUGAUGAGAAGAACUGCGCGUCCCUAAUUAACGAGGCAGUAGGGACGGAGUUGCGCGACCUGAAGAUACACAAAAUUAAAAGGUGGACCGUUACGACGAACGUUACGCCGAGUUUCAUUGAUCAGGACACGAGUAGAAUAUUCUUGGCAGGAGACGCGGCGCACCUGGUGGCCCCGGCGGGAGGUCUCGGAAUGAACAUGGGCAUUGCAGACUCGCACAACCUCGCGUGGAAGCUUUCGCGCUUUUUGUACCGCAAGUCGCAAGAUUUGAAGAUAAACGACUUCGACAGGCUGCUGGAUGCGCUUUUCGAAAGUGGACUGAACGAGCAAGAUAAAAAGUUUCUGAACGAAUACUCAGUGGAGCGAAAGGCAGUGGCUGAGUAUACUCGGGACGUGUGUCUGAAGGAAGUGGAGAACGGGUCUAAGUUCGCGAAGUACCUGGGAUACAACCACGGGAGCCUCCAGAAGGCUCUGGACGUGCUGGCCCCGAUCAUGCCGCAUGAUUCGCACGUUAUUCCCUAUGUUUUCAACUCCGUGAAGGCCUUUAUGAAAUACGCGUACAACACGCCAAAAAGGAUGGAUGACAUCGCGAACUUUUCGAAGGAGUUGUUAUCGAAGAUGGACGGGUCCCUGGGACUUCGCUUUCCCGGCUCAGACCUGGCCUAUUCAUACAACUUCGGGGACUUGAAAACCUCUAAAUCGCAUCGACACUAUUGGCCUCAAUCACUGAUGGGAAUGAGAAUACCACACCGUUACUUUUACUCACAGCAAAGUAACAUAGUUUAUAAAAUCUCGACGGUGGACUUGCCGUCUCUAAUGCAGCCGCCGAUUUACUAUUGUGUGCUGGUCUUCGAUCGAAAAAUGAUCAAGUCAGUGCUUUCAGAACUUGAUUUGAAUUUGUAUUAUAUUUGUCUGUGGGAAACUGGCGUUAGUGUUGGAUCAGGGGAUCACGUUACAGUAGAUGAUCAGUUUAUCUCAAAGCCUAAUACGUUAAUUAACUCCAUAGUAUCUGUAGUUACUUGUUGGUUCCGCUUUGUAAAUUAUCUGGCUGUUUUAGGUCUAGAUUCUGAGAUUGAUGUGAUUGACGAGAAACUUGACGAUCACUUUAUCUUCAAUAAACUAGAAGAUAGUAGUGAUUUUGAGCAUUUUGAUUACGCAUUGAACUACGUAUCAAAAAUGCCUAAUGGCUUGGUUAAGAAAGUAUUUAGUAAUAAGGAAACGUUGGAUGCCUUUUCGAGGAGUUUGUUUGGGAACGUCACCCCCUUGAACAACACCUACCUGGUAUUAAGGCCAGACUCCCAUAUUUUUAACGUGAAAACGGUAAACUUAUGA